GUUUCCGGCUCUGGCGUAAUCGUGACUUGUGUGCGGCGUAUGGUGAAAUUCAGACACGCAGUUAUUUGAUCGUCCUACGAUGUUCCAUAGUGGACCGUGAUAUAAUUGGAAAACGCGUAAACAGAUCAUCAGAAGAUAAUAAGGGAGCAACGGACUAGGUUGCUUGCAGUACUGAAUCAAAAUGGAAUCAAUGGAUGCGCGUCUUGUGGCGCAAGCAUUGAACUACCAUGGCCAACAGUUGCAGAAAGUGUGGGAAGGAGAACGCAACGAAAACGAGCUGGCCAUGCUCAAUCUCAAGGAACCAAAUUUUGAGAUUUACCAACAGCGGCAAAAGACACUUAGUUUUGGAGAUAGAGGGAAAAGGCUAAAGCUGCAACAAUUCCUUGCAAAGAAGGCAGAUGCCCUCUAUGAUAAGUCAAAUUUGGAGAAAACCGUUGAACCUAUCAAGCAGGAGUUGGGCGAUGAAGAAUUUUAUGCAACAAUGCCUGGCCUUGACACUUAUGUCACCAUGGAGAAAUCUCAACGUAUACGUAAUUUUUUGGAGAGUUUGGUGGUUGGAGAUGUUAUAUACGCGCAAGUGAUGGGUAAAAGUGCGGCUGGGCUUCUUCUGAAGGUGCUGUGCAACUGCAGCGACUGCCCUAGGGUUGUUACUGACUUGGGAGUAAAGGCUCUAAUAUUGAACACGGCCACAGUGCCGGCGGUGGACAAGAAAGGUGUUACAAGAGGCUACAUGGCAAAUGAUCUCAUCUGCGUCGUAGUCAGUGAAGUUAACGUUGAAGCUGAGCGAGUUGUUGCAGUUAUGAACGUACCCGCCCGUGAAGGGCAAGCCCCACACCCUCCUAUGGGACUUAUCCAUUCCGAUGAUCUUCCAGAAGCUUAUAAGAAAGCGAUGGACAACAAAGGGCAAUCGUACGAAGUGAUGUUGGAGAAUAGUACUGGCUUCAACAACCCCAACAACAUUAAAUAUCUGUCCGACUUGAUGGGCCUCGGCCAAGAAAACCAUUCCAAUAUGGUUGGCUUGAGGGAGAGAUUCCCACCUAAUGAAUAUGCGUCUGAAUUAAGGCAAGCGCAAGCUAGUAAGUGGGCGUUCCGAAGCGUUGCUGAAGGAAUAGACCACUUCAAGGCCGGCCGUCAUACAGAGGCCUUCCAAUGCCUCAACAAAGCAUUAACCGUAGAUCCACGAAACGUCGAAGGAUUGGUAGCCCGCGGAGCAUUAUACGCCAAUAGCGGUAGCUUCAAGAAAGCUAUCGACGACUUCGAGACAGCGUUGAAGUUGAAUCAGACUCAUGCAAACGCUCGCAAAUAUCAGGCGGAGACUCUGGUCGCUUUGGGUCGGAGUUACGAGGAUGAGAAAAAAUAUGAAGACGCGCAGAAAGCGUAUGAGAGUUGUCUAGCGAUUGCUCCUUACCACGAAGAAGCCAGGAACUCCAUCGAGUACAUAAAGUCCAAGACCUUGACUUCAUCUUUGAAUCCUUUGGACACGUUCAAGAGCUUCGAGGCGGAGAACGAUGUUGGUGAGAAUAAAAAGGAAAAGAAGAAACGCAAGAAAGAGAGGAAAUCGCGUUCGAAGAAGAGACAGAGAUGGAGUUCCAGUUCUAGCUCGUCAUCGAGUGGAUCUUCGAGCUCUUCCAGCUCGGAGUCCAGCAGUUCUUCUUCAUCUGGAAGUUCCAGAUCGGCGUCCCGGUCACCUAGUCGCAAGCGCAAACAUAAGAAGGAUCAUCGAGGAUCAUUAUCGCCUUUAAGCAAGCGCAUGGCCCAGUACAACAAUCCACCGGCUGCUACUACGGCUGCUCACGACGUGAUAGCCCCUGUUUCGUAUAGCUCAAACGCUCGCGAUAAAAUGGACGACUACGAGAUAAAAGUGAGGAAGUUUUUGGAACAAACUAAGGACGAUUCCGAUUACGAAGAUAAGGUAAGAAAGUUCUUAGAGGAAACGGCUAGAUGGAAGAGGGAAAGGGAGAAGGAAAAGAAACAUUCAGAAAGUGAAAAAAUGAAGAAGAAGAAGAAGAAGGAGAAGAAGGGCAAAGAUAAAGAGAAAGAGGACAAGAAAAGUAGAAAGAAGAAGAAGAAGGAAGAGAGAAAGAAACGGAAGAAUAAGGAUAAGCUUGAACGGGAUUUGGAAGCGUUGAAAAAGUCCUCGCUACCGGACUUGGAACAAUUGGAGUCGAAACUUAAUGCGUACUAUGCAAAAGUUGAAAAAGAGACCGCUGUUUUGAAAAGGUAUGUAGCUCAGUAUAAUGACAUACCUUCCCCUCUUAGCAACGCGGAGAAGCUCGCUGAGAGUUCGCGAAGGGAGGAGGAGCUGCGCAGAGAGAGGGAAAGGGAGAGAGAUGAGGCUUCGAAGGCAUAUCACGAACGGGAAUCUAGAAUACCGAUGACAGCGCAACAACGUAAAGACUUCGAUCUUUCCGCAGAGAUUCAACGAAAACCGUUGACUGACAUAUUCGAGCAGGAAUCCCAGUUGAUUCAUGAAGUUAUAGGGCCAAAGUUACCUACCCUAGAUACAGCUGCGUUGAAUGCUAAAUGGAAGGCUGCACAGGCUGCCAGGCAAAAGGACGUUAUGCCUCAGAAAUGGCAAGAUGUUCCGCCUGAAGGUAAAAAGAUGCAGCCUAGUGUGGACAGUGAGGAGGACGACGAUAACGAACUUGAGGAGAAAUUGCAGCGCGCUGCCUUGGAAAAGUCAAUGAACAUCCGUAAGCAGAUGCAACGCGAACUCGCGGAGAAGAGAGCUGCACAAGCUCAACCAAUGUCCGCGCCAACUCCUCCACCGUUACCCAAAGAACCACCGAUACCGAAACAAGCGCCGGUGAAAUAUCCGACACCACAGCCGCAAAACAAAUUCCAGUCAUAUAAAGACACCUCGCUGUCCGCGCCACAGACGACACCCACCAAGUUCAGUUCUAGUAACAACCUGGGUGGCAAAUUUCAACCGAUCGGACAAAGUGGGAAUAGUGGUGGUGGUCAUCCACCAGAACCACCUCGUCCGCCUCCACCAGCAAAGAACCAGAAUCAAGCCAAAGGACCCAGAACGGACUCCGACAGUGAAGCUGAACGACAACACAGACAAACACCUAAGAAACGGGAGUCUACAGGUAGGGGUGGUGUGACCAAGAGAAUGAGCAGGGAUCGUCCAGCGAAACGUUCACGUAGUAGAUCGCGCAGUGCCUCCAGUUCCGGUUCAUCCAGAUCUCGGUCGCCUCGAAGAAGUCGAUCCCGAUCUUACUCAAACAGGCGUUCGGGCAGUUACGAGAGGAAAUACAGUCGAUCCCCGUCAGGCACUUACAGUAGAUCACGCUCCAGAUCACGAUCCAGGUCUUAUACCAGAAGUCGUAGUCGCAGCAGGUCUGGCGAUAGGAGUUACUACCGCAAAAGGCAAUUCCGGCCGUACAACAAUCGCGGUACUUACUACAAACCUCGUUUCCAAGGCUUCAAUAACCCGAACCAUCGCGGCGGUGGCAAUAAUUUCCAGAAUCGGAACCGGUUCUACAACAAUCAACAUAACAAUCGGUUUGGUAAUAGACGCGGCGGUGGGUUCAAUAACCGUGGCGGCGGCAGGGGACGCGGUGGUAACCGUGGCGGCAGAUUCUUCCACGGUAAGCAGGGCUUCCGCGACUUCAGGGACAGGCGAGACUUCAGAGAUCGUCGUGCCGCCUCUCGCGAUCGGUACAGCGAUCGUAGCUACUCACCUGACCCGAUGAGGAAGGUCGACGAGGCAAAAGAGAAAAUCAACAAGAUGCUCGAGGGCGGUGAUGACGUGAUGGAACAUCAACAAGGUGGUGGAGGAUCGAACGUACCUCCCAGCAAGAGACAAGAUGGACCUUUGAGCGAGGGUGAAGAGAGGGACGACGAUGACUACGAGAGGUGGGGAGAGGGCGAGGGGGCCGACACAGCUAACAAGAAUGAGGAGGUUGGACCUGACAACGAGAACCUGGAAGGCAAGGAGUACUUCAUUGAGCGUAUGAAGCAGCGAAGCAAGAAUGUUUUAAUGCAGAGAGCCCUUGCCGCUAAGAUUUGGUAGAAACUCCCAGUUGCCGUUGCUGCUUCUUCGAUUCUUCUCCUUCGUCUGUGAUAAUAAUUAACAGUUUCCCUCAACGUUAGACAUUGACCGGAUCACGUGUGAAAAAACAGACUUCUCAAAUAAAGCUGUACCGAACAUUUUCGGUAUGCUUGAACGUAGCUGAACGAAAACAAACACAGACGAGAAUAUAAUGAAUGGAAGAAUAUUUAACAAGAAUACUGUAACUUUGUGGUCAUGACGGUCGAGGGAAACCAUUUUCUUUUUUCAAUUUCCUUUAGCAUUUUAUCUAGCCGGCCGAUAAGUUAACGAGCCGACGUUUCGCUCGAUUGUCAUGCUUGCACACGAAUAUCUACACUAAACAGUAAAUAUUCAUAGAAACACUGUGCAUGUCGGAUCGAGAACGAGAAUGCAACACAAAGAGAGAUAGAGAAAGAGAGAGUGAGAGAAUAAAACCCUUCGUUUUCCUUGUUUUUAUUAUCGUUAGCGGAAAGAUUUUAAACAUGUUUCGAUUCUAGUACUUAUUCUUAUAUCCUAGUGUCGUGUCGUUCUCUUUUUUAUUUUACACGGGACUGUCGCGUAAGUAUCCGAGAGUGGAACAUGAUAAGCGAGUGAGAGAGAGAGUGAGAGUGAGAGAAGCCUACAGACGUGAACACGCACCUUCGAAGGGAAGUAUUCGAUCACAGUACAGUUCACAAACUUGCGAGUGGCUUUUCAUUAUCAUUCAUUAUCAAGAUUAGUGGACACCUUCCUUUCCUUUUCCAAGGAAAUAACUUUACCUCCCUGGACAGGACAUCCUUUCCUUUCGAGUCUUUUAGUCAUCAAGGAUCCACGUUUCCAUCCUUCGCGUUCGACGAAAACGAAAACCGUGCACGGACACACCAUCGGGUCGCGACUCGCCGUCACGAAAGAAGAGACUGUCCGCCAAGCAAACGAGUAGCCCUUGUUCAAGAAUAUGUCGACAAACAUCUCUCUGGAUUCUCCACCGCAUCGUUUUGUUUAGGUACACUUGUUUAUCACCUGGCCCCUACCCGCUCUUUAUUACGAAUACUUAUUUUAAGGUAUCAUACAAGUAAUUUACCUAGUAAGACACUUAUAUAUGUUGUAUGUAAACGAGUUGCUGUACAAUUCAAAGAGAUCCGCAAAUACAUAACACGAAACCACAAGGCCAAAGAGACUUCUCUCUUCGUCUUUUGAAAUUGAUUUUCAACCCGUUUACACUUCGAAGAAAACGGAAAUGCUCGUGCGUGUAUCGUUCCGUUCAUAAUUUAUUUUUUAUCUCUCUGCCACGCCAUUUCCAGACCAUUGCCACCAAGCAGUGG